AUGGACUCGCCGUUCCCCAAAUCAUCGUCAGCGCCCGGUGAGGGCCGCAUCGUCGCGCGGCUGCUGCCCAACGGCCAGCCCGGCUUCGAGUCGAUCACGUACCAGUAUCCGCUCAAGCUCAUCUCGCCGUCCCUCACGGCCGGCGAGAAGAGCGCGCUCGUGUUCCUGCUGUCCUACGGCGGCGGGCUCGUCGGUGGCGACCACGUCCAUCUCGAGAUCCUCGUGCGGCCCGACGCGCGCCUGAGCAUCGUCACGCAGGGCCACACGAAAAUCUUCAAGGCCGCCUCCAAGACCAUCGUCACGCGCCAGGCGCUGCGCGCCCGCAUCGCCGCCCGCGGCCGGCCUCUGCUUGCUGCCGGACCCCGUGCAGCCCUUUUGACGACAGCGGCCCGCUCGGCGCGGGGCGAAGACUGGGGGUUCGCGCGGUGGAAGGGCCGCAAUGAGAUCUGGCUCGGCGGCGACGACGGCGACGACGGCGACGCUGACGAGACCCCUGCCGCCGGCGCCGCGCGGCUGCUCGUCCGAGACACGGUCGUGCUCGACGAGCGGGCGUCCGCGCUGACGGGCAGGCCUCUGCGCGGAUCCAUGCACGGCCACGGCGUCUUUGGGAGCCUCCUCUUGCGAGGGCCCCAGAUGCAGAGGCUGGGUGAAUUUUUCCUCGCCGAGUUCGGUCGUCUGCCCCGCCUCGGUGCGCGCGACUUCAGGACAGUGGAAGCGCGAGAAAGGGAGGAGACGGACCGGUCGGCCGAGGACUCGUGGCGUCUGCAGAGGCUCGCCAUGGAAAAGCAGCACGCCGUCCUGUGGUCGGCCGCCAGUGUCCGGGGAUGCGUCGUCGUCAAGUUUGGCGCAGGCACCGUCGAGGGCGGCCGUGUAUGGAUUGCCCACAUGUUGUCGAGGGAGGGAAGCAUCACGGAGCUCUACGGAGACCAGGCCAUGAUUUGUUUGCGGUAG